AUUUUCCCGUCACGGGGAUGCAGAUAGUAGUGAAGAAAGCAAAGCCAGUUAAACCUCUGCUUCUCUUGGGAAAGGACAGAGGGGCAGAAUUGAAGGGGUACUGAGAGAAUCGGUAUCUUAGAGAAAAGUCUCAUUUGUUCCAAACCUCAUAGCGAACGACAUUCUUUCAUCCGCCUCCUUUCGCUUAGUAUUUCUAUUAAUAUGUACCCUCCCUGCCUUCAGCACUUCCCCACCUCCCCCAAUUGAGGUGUCCAUUCAUAACCGGAAACUGAAGGGAAAACCUACGGUAGAUCUUCGGAAAGGCCCUUUUGACUGGAUUGCGAUUGGCUCCGCAGCUCGCCCGGGAAGAAAAAACUCCCGUCUACGUCCUGUUUGCCUUGCAACCAGCAUGGUACCUUUGGCAGAGUGGUAGAACGGCGCGGGUUCCAUUAAGCCAAGCGUAAAAUAGAAGAAAGCGAUUGGUGAAUUGGCGGCAUCUGCUCUCCUCGAAGCACCGAAGCAUUGAUGGCCUGCUGCUGGCAAAGGCUGGGUCUGGGGGCAUCGCAAGGGAGGACUUGGGCAUCGCUCUGGACCAAGUUGAGAGAGGAUCGACCCUUACGCGAUGCCGGGAGAAAAGGGCUGCACUUCCGGGCUGGAGUGCCAGGGAUGGUCAUCGGUCAUUCCAAAGCGUACCGGCACCAGCUGCAAGGAAAGCCCACAGUCGGUUCCCAAGGCGUUAGUCGCCGGGUGUCUUCUAGCUCGGCGGGCGACGGAGACGAAGGGGUGGAAUUCCCAGAACAGAUUCUCUGAGAUCGUAGGCAAACUGCCCGGACAGCUGUUCCAAACGUCCCAGGGUAAAAUCUUGCUGAUUCGGAGGCCAUCCCUAGAAGAAUAUGUGCUGCUAAUGGAUCGAAUGCCUUCCAUCGUCUCUCCGAAGGAUGCCAAUACAAUGCUGCUGUUAAUGGAUAUCACACAAGGGGACACAGUAUUAGAAGCUGGUUCUGGUUCUGGAAGCAUGAGUUUAUUUCUAUCAAAAGCAGUUGGGUCACAAGGACAUGUAAUAAGUUAUGAAAUCAAAAAACAACAUCACAAAUUGGCAGAGAGGAAUUUUUGGCAAUGGCGCAAAGCAUGGAAAAUAGGACAUGGUAAAGAGUGGCCAAAUAAUGUGGAUUUCAUUAAUCAAGAUAUUUUGACUGCAGCUGAGGAUUUGAAAUCUGUAACACUUGAUGCUGUAGUUCUCGACAUGCUUUCCCCUCAGAAUGCUUUGCCUGCAAUUUUCCCAAGUCUUAAACAAGGGGGAGUCUGUGUUGUAUACUUUGCAAAUAUCACGCAGGUUAUUGAAUUGAUGGAAGCUAUCCGGAUCAGAAAAUUAGCCCUUUUUUGUGAAAAGGUUUUGGAAGUUACGCAUAGAGAUUGGCUAAUAUGCCCAUCUACAUGGGAAAAGAGGAAUGUUCUUAAAAACACAGCAUCUGAACUAAACAUCAACGAUGAAACUGUUUGUCAUUAUGAAAAUGAUGUUUCUGCUGAAGAGAGAGGAAAUGAAGCUCUUGCUUCUGCCAAUAUAAGAACACCUUAUGUUGCUAAACCUUUCCCACAUCAAGUUAAUCACACAGUAUUCCUUGUCAAGCUGAGGAAAUUUAAUGCACUAAAUCCAAACACUGCUCCAGAUGGUAUGUGCCAGUUUGAAGACUGUACUUAAUCAGAAAUAACACAUUAGAAGA